AUGUGGAGGUUGAGAAUCGGGCAAGGGGACAAAGAUGAUCCGUAUUUAUUCAGCACAAACAAUUUCUUAGGAAGACAAACAUGGGAGUUUGAUGAAAACUAUGUUGCGACUCCUGAAGAGUUGGAACAGGUUAAGCAAGCUCGUUGUUUUUUCUUCAACAACCGUUACAAACAAAAACCAUGCGGAGAUUAUCUUUGGCGCUUUCAGUUUUUGAGGGAGAAAAACUUCAAACAAACGAUACCACGAGAGAUAGUCGUGGAGGAGAGCGAGAUAAGUUAUGGCAUUGUAACCAACACAUUAAAAAGGGCCGUUCGUUACUGGGCAGCUCUACAAGCAAGCGACGGCCACUGGCCAUCUGCAAACAAUGGCUGCCAUUAUUUUAUGCCACCUAUCAUCAUGUGUUUGUAUAUAACAGGCCAUCUUGAUACAUUCUUCUUAGCAGAAGAUCGAAAAGAAAUCCUACGGUAUAUAUAUUAUCACCAGAAUGAAGACGGGGGAUGGGGAUUUCACAUAGAAGGUCACAGCAUCAUGUUUUGCACGACACUCAAUUAUAUAUGCAUGCGAAUGCUCGGAGAAGGACCUGAUGGUGGCCAUGAUAAUGCAUGUUAUAGAGCUCGUAAAUGGAUUAUUGAUCAUGGAAGUGUCACUGCCAUCCCUUCAUGGGGAAAGACUUGGUUAUCGAUACUUGGGCUAUAUGAGUGGUCAGGAAGCAAUCCAAUGCCUCCGGAGUUUUGGCUUCUCCCAUCAUUUCUUCCCUUCUCUCCAGGAAACAUAUGGUGUUAUUGUCGGAUGGUUUAUAUGCCAAUGUCUUAUUUAUAUGGGAAGAGAUUUAUUGGUCCGAUCACUCCUCUAAUUCUGCAGUUGAGAAAAGAGCUUUAUUCUAUACCAUAUCAUGAAGUCAAAUGGACAAAAGUAAGACAUGCUUGUGCAAAGGAGGACAUUUAUUAUCCCCACCCUUGGCUACAAGAUCUAGCUUGGGACGCUAUAUAUGUAGCAGUGGAACCUAUCCUAACUCGUUGGCCAUUUAAGAACUUGAUUCGAGAAAAAGCGCUUACAACAACAAUGAAACACAUUCAUUAUGAAGAUGAUAAUAGUCGUUACAUUACUAUUGGUUGUGUUGAAAAGGCAUUAUGUAUGCUUGCUUGUUGGGUGGAGGAUCCUAAUGGGGACUAUUUCAAGAAGCAUCUUAGUAGAAUCCGUGAUAUGAUUUGGGUACAAGAAGAUGGCAUGACAGUUCAAAGUUUUGGUAGCCAACUUUGGGAUUCUGUUUUGAGUAUCCAUGCAUUAAUAGAUUGCAAUAUGGUUGAUGAAACUGGAACAACACUAGAGAAAGGACAUGAAUUCAUAAAACAUUCUCAGAUUAAAGACAACCCAUCUGGCAACUUCAAAAGCAUGUAUCGUCACAUUUCCAAAGGAGGUUGGACUUAUUCUGACCAAGAUCAUGGAUGGCAACUUUCAGAUUGCACGGCUCAUGGGUUAAUGUGUUGCCUCCUUUUGGAAAAGAUACCUCGAGAAAUUGUUGGAGAUAAGAUAAAACCCGAGCAUUUAUUUGACUCCAUAAAUUUACUACUUUCAUUACAGUAUAAAAAUGGAGGUUUUUCAGGGUGGGAACCUGCAGGCUCUCCAAAAUGGUUGGAGAUGCUCAAUCCUUCUGAAAUGUUUGCAGACAUUAUGAUUGAAUAUCAAUACGUUGAGUGUACAUCGUCGGUGUUACAGGCAAUGAUAUUGUUUCAAAAGUUAUAUCCUGAUCAUAGGACUCAAGAAGUUGCAAAAUGUAUUUCUAAUGCUGUUCGAUUUCUUGAAGAUACACAAUGGCCGAAUGGAUCAUGUCCCAAUUCAUCAUCCAUGAUCGGUGGUGCAUUUCCGUCUUUAAACCAACCAGAGGAAGCACCAGAGAAAAUGAUUGGCGUUUAUGUUCUAGUAUUUGCUUCAAUCUACUUCCUCUUUUUUAAGCUUUUUCCUAUGUUUCUCCCCUAG